AUGACAUGCCAAGCCCCAUGUACCCAUUCUGAGCGUGAAAGAGCUAUCCAAGGGAACCUGGUGCAUACAGAAUUAGAGAAAGCCCUGGAGAAAAGUUACCAUAUCCUCCAAAUGCAUGAAGUGUGGCAUUUUCCCGAAACCUCUGACGAGCAGUUCAAAGAUUAUGUGGACACUUUCCUCAAAAUCAAGCAAGAAUCCAGUGAUUAUCCCAAGAAUUGUACCACCGAGGAACAGAAACAACAGUACGUUGACGAAUAUUUGGCAGUCAAAGGAAUACACUUAGAUGGAGAGAACAUCAAACACAAUCCUGGGAUGUGUGUUGUCCAAACUGAUGCUGAAUUCGUUUUGGGGUAUGUAUUUUUUAAGGCAGCAUGGUAAACUUUUACAGGCACUUGUAUUAGUUUUCCCCUUAGAAAAAUUUGUGCAACGAUCCAAUAUGACCAAGGUGGAAUUGAUUAAAGAUCCACAAGUAUAUUCUGACCCUUUGUCUAGAUCAAAAUUUUAGUUAUAAGGGGAAAGGUCCAUUGGUAUCCACUGUUUCAAAUCGGUGAAAAGUGUGAUGAAUUAUAAUCGAGUUAUCUUUUGGUUCUAAAAUAAGAUUUUAUAGUAAGCAAAAAGUGCAUGUAUAUGUAAAACUGUAAAUUCUCACACUGGGUUGCCAUUUGUUCUGCCACUGCAAGCGGGGCAGUGCCUUUAUUAUUUACCUUCAAAAAAUAUCUGUUUAUAAAGAACAUGAUUACUAACAAGUCCCGGAUAACAGUUCAGUUCAUAAUCUAAACAAAAACUAUAUAUAUAACUAAAAAAACACUGGUAUCCACCAAUCUGGGCGGGUGGGUGGGUAACUGCAUACAAUGUGCAAAAAACUAAAAUAUGCCAAAGUCACUUGUCACAUGACUUUAUACAACUUGUGCAACUCAGACAGUGAGAAACUCAAAAUGGCAUUCUUUACCACUUUUGUUACAAUGUUAUGUAUAAUAAAAGUUACUUAUACUAAAAGUAAUCACAAAGUAAAGUGCUGCCUCAGGCCAGUUACUGAUGAGUUGCGGCAUAUGUUACAAGACUUAAUUUGUUUGAGCCUUAAUUUUAGGAGCGCAUUUAGAGACAAAAUGGGAUACUUAUCUUCUCUAUUACAUUAAUUAUUUCAGUUGAUUGCUCGCUUGAAUAAAUAUGGUAUGUGCCUUGAACCGAACAUGAAAUACCCAAUUCUUGAUGACAUUGGACAGAAGUUUAUUGACCGUGCUGCAGAGUUGGUGAAGUCUGGCCAUACGUUUGUGUAUGUGCUGGACAAUAUCGAUUGGGAGGAGAAGGCACAUGAUAUGAGACAGGACGUGCAAAACAGAAGUGUUCAUGCUGUGGCAACAAGUACUGUGUUUAACUGUGUUUCUGAUGAGGGGUUGCCCGAUUCUGGUCCACAGCAAGAUCUGAAGGAUUGCAAUGUCCAUCAGUUGAUGGAUAUCAAUCCACUGGAAUUGGAUGCAAUUUGA